GCCAGCCAGGGUUGGAGGCGGAGAGAGUGGAGGGCUGGAGAGAGAAAACCCAGAACAUGCCCCCGGCCCCGUGAGACCCCACCAUCUGGCCUGAGAGACUGAGAGCCCACUGAACCCAGGACUCACGCAAUCUGCCCACCCAGUCCCUGCCAUCUGGCGUGAUCGAGCACCUGCCUCGAGAGGCCAGCCCAGGUCAGCGCACAGGCCUCCAACCCCGGGGAGAGGCCCCACUCCUACACUCAGGCUUUCUUCUCGCUGGCAGUCACCUGCGGUGAGGGUUCUGGGAGACUAAGGACGCGCGUCCGUCCGGAGGUGACUUCCCCUCCAGAUCAGGCCUCAGAAUCAGAAAUGACUGCUCAGGGAGGUUAAGCGACAGCUGUGAGAACGAGCAGGUCUUCCUACUUGGGGCCCAGCUCUCCUCCCUGCUCCUUGUUCCCCCACCGUGACCGACAGAGGGGCCCAGAGAAGACACCGCACUCUGCCCGGUCUCAGCGGGGCCUGGGGGGCCAUGUCCCUCAUUCCGUGGCUCCGGUGGAGUGAGGCCCUGCCCCGGCCUUCGUCCCGGAGUCCAGCCGAGAUGGUGCUGGACACGCUCAUGAUGGAGCUGCUGGGACAGAUGCGGGAGGCUGAGAGGCAGCAGCGGGAGCGCAGCAACGCGGUCAGGAAGAUCUGCACCGGAGUGGACUACAGCUGGCUGGCCAGCACGCCCCGGGCCACCUAUGACCUCAGCCCCGGUGAGCGGCUGCAGCUGGAGGAUGUCUGCGCCAAGAUCCACCCGUCCUACUGUGGGCCCGCCAUCCUCAGGUUCAGGCAGCUGAUGGCCGAGCAGGAGCCCGAGGUGCAGGAGGUGUCCCGGCUGUUCCACUCCGUGCUGCAGGAGGUGCUGGACAGGAUGAAGCAGGAGGAGGAGGCCCACAAGCUGACUCGGCAGUGGAGCCUGCGGCCCCGCGGCAGGACCCGUGCGCGCAUCUCCCCCUUCGCCAGCGACAUCCGCACCAUCUCUGAGGACGUGGAGCGGGACGCGCGGCCACCGCCCCGGACUUGGAGCAUGCCCGAGUUCCGGGCGCCCAAAGAGGACUGACCCGUCUGCCCCUGCCCGGCUCGGGAGCAGAGCCACCUGUGGGAGGGCAUGGAAGACCUGUGACCACCCAGGUCUUGGAACCUCCCCACCAGCUCCUGGCCAGGGGGCCAGAGGCAGCCCCUCCCUACCCCACCCCGCCCCCCUCCCACCCUCUCCCUCUCCCACUGGGCAUGGGCCCAGACCAGCGCUUGGAGCUGCAGCAGGGUCCCCGCCCUACCCGAGCCAGUCACCAGUCGCUGCAGCAGCCCCUCCCAGCCUUGCAGAGACUCGGCCUUGGCAGACAGUCCACAGCCCAUCCUGUCUCUGCUUCUGCCUGGAAGGGGCAGAGUUGCCCUGACUUUUUGCCAAGACCUGGGUCCUCAUCCCAGCUUCGGAGUUGUCCCGUUCACCCCAUCCCCCUGGGUAACAAUGAGGACCUGUUGGGGGGUGUCCAUUCUCUGCUGGUGACUGGCUGGUCCCACCACUGCAGGUGGGUCACAGCCUCGUGAGUCAGCAGAGCUGGAAGGGGCCACAGAGGUCACAGGUCCACUCUGCUGGCCAGUGAAGGAGAAAACUGAGGCUCAGAGAGGGCUGGGCUCCUUCCUCCUUAAACGGCACCCAGAUCCCCACAGGUAGCGAGAAUGUUCCUGUAUGCGGUCUCCGUCCCCGAGUCCUUGAGUCCUGGGCUAUGAUGGGACAGGUCCAAGGACUACGUCCACACCUGCCUGUGUCUGACCUUUAUCUUACCUUGGCAUUGCAUCUGAGCUGCUCCCCAAGAAAGGUAGCUGGGGCGGAGGUAGAUUGCCAUUGCCCCACCCCUUGGUGCCAUCACCUGGGAGGCUGCCAGUCCCCAGCAGCUUCUUCCAGACGCCCCCCAACUCUCUGCUUUGGGGAGCCCGGGUCUUUGGUUCUGGACCCUUCUGAACCCAAGCACGCCUGCUCUUGGCUUUCCCCAGGGAAGGCAGCGCCCAAACCCCUCAUCUGACGUCGAGGCACCUGCAAUGUUUCAGAAGAGCCUCCCCACAGGUUAGACCUUGGCAAUAGGCAUGUGGGUUCUCCACGGGGUGGAUCACCCACAGCGAAGAGGACGGCCAGGUGGCCUCCCCACACUCCGGGCUGAAGUGGGGGGUGGGGGAUGGGU